AUGGAGAGCAAGCUUGAGUUUAUAAAUCUGUCACAUCCUUCACAAGGGUCUUCUUCCAAGUUACAACGCCGCGCGUACUCACAUGCUGCUCGAGUCUCUCAUGCUAGAGUGAAGCAUGCUCGCAAAGCCGCAAACCAGGCCAGCAAUGUGGAGCCGAGUAUUCCGUAUGCAAAGAAAACUCAAGCCAGUGAAGCUAUAGACCGGAGAGACAACUGUUUGGUCGACGUUGGGCCUGAGAGGUACUCCGCUAGGAUUCCCGAUCCUGUCGAUCAGCUCACAUCCAGUCGGCGGGAUCCUUUUGGAUGCUUUGCUAGGCCGCUUUCGCCACUGGAGCACUACCUCUUUGACCAUUAUAUCACAAUAGUCACUACCCAAUAUGGAUCCAAAUGCAUGAUACUCAAAGAUCCAAGCUUCCACCACCACCAGCUACGGAUAAGCUGGAUCCAGCUGGCCGUAUCCAAUGUGGGCAUGUUGAGCACUACAUUCUUAUCUACAUGCCGCCAUUUACAUCAAGUCUACCAGAAAGAGGAGUACAUUACUUUGGCGAUGCAGUAUAGAAUCCUCUGUAUUCGCGCUAUUAGAGAGGCCAUUGAUGCUGGGGAUUGCUCGGCGAGAGACUCGAUAAUUGCCACGAUUAUAUCUUUGACAUUAGAUGAGAUACAAGCUGGCAAUAUAGCUGCGUCAAGGCAACAUGUACGUGGGCUUGCAGAAAUAGUCCACUCUUCUGGAGGGCCGGAAACCCUCGGUAUGGAUGGCUUGUUGAAGCACCUGUUCGAGAAAUUGGCAUACGACAUGGGGCUUCUUCUAGGCGAAGACGCAAGUCCAGUAGGGCUCAUCGAUUAUGUUGCUCAAGGCGGGAUUAAUAUGCCGAGCAUUGCUACCUAG